UAAAAAUAGAUAUGUCUCUGAAUAAUUCUGAUAUAAUUGAUGAUUAAAAAAUUUGAUUGUGAUUUAUAAAACAGGAAUAAGUUUGUUACCAAUAGCCCUAUAAAUAUAAAUAAUUAUUAUAUUAAGUUAUAGGCUAAAUUAAUUUUGUAUUUCAGACGAAAUUUUAUCGGGGUUCGUCGCCUAUCGGUCCGUUGAAAUCACCCAAAAACCGAUCGAGUCUCGAUCGCCGGCCACCAGCCGGUUCGGGUCCGUCACAACAAUCCUGCCGCCCGACCGCCGAUGCACCGUCGUCCUGCGGACCGCAGGCGACGACACCGACCGCCGUCGACGCCAGCCGACUUCUUCGCUUCGUGCGACCACUUUCAUAUCUCUUCGGAGUGCCGCACCAGCCGACGGCCGCCAGUAGACAGGCCAUGAGCCGUGCGUACGAGCCGCAUCCUAUGUUGUUCCCCCGUUCCUGAGGUGCGUGUUUUUGCUGGUGAAUUGAUAUUUUCGUGUUCCGUUCGGCGGCAGGGUCCAAAUGCAGUGCGCUGUUUUGUGAGAUUUCCGAACGGAUUAUGGCAGACGGUCGUCGGUCGCGACGUUUUGGCAUAGGUGUGUUUUAAAUUCAUUCGUGAAAGAAACAUUGUCGAUCGAGUUACAAAUGAGGAAGCUUAUUAGAAACGAGGCUUAGCAAUGCCGUACACCAGAAUGAAAAGGAAUUUUUUGCAAGGUUUACUAUGGCUGUAUCUACUAGGAUUUGGUUAUAUGGCUCUGUCACUUGAUAAUCCAGGGUUUUUGGACUUCGAUAACUUGCCAGAUACGAACUUUUCGUGUGUCGGAAAGGUUAUUGGGGGUUACUACGCCGAUUUGGAAACCAACUGUCAGAUGUUCCAUGUUUGCACCAUCGGCCAACUGGAUGAACCCAUGGACAUAAGGUUUUUAUGUUUGAACGGUACAGUUUUUGAUCAGGAAACUAGGGUCUGCGAAAGAAUAGACGAGGUGGACUGUUCAAAAUCGGAACAAUUCUAUAGCUUGAAUUUAGAAUUAUAUGGAAAUAGUCAAGCAGCAAUUUUAGAAGAAUCCGCAGAGACUGAAGCCCCAUUAAUUAUCAAAUCAACGAUCCCAACAACGACUACGACGACAACCACCACAACAACCACCCCCAGGCCGACGUUGAAGACAACUCGGCAGCCGUUCUUCACAUCGGUCGCACCACACACAAUAACAACGCCUACCAGCCAACAACUAAUCUCCACCCAUCAUUUCCCGGUGGUCAACGCCAACUCACCGGACAUCCGCUUCAACCCGGAGGAGAUCAACAUCAGUUUGAACCCCGGUGCACCGCCGGACAUAAGGACGAAACCGCUACAGCAAAGUUUUAGUGAAAAUAGUAAUAGUAAACUAAUAGUGACUACUCACAGUACAUUCGACGACGAUAGUGACUCCCACAUACAGUUAACGACUCAAAAACCCAAAUCGGUGGUGAGCUAUGGACUUACGCAUACUAACAACAAUAAACACCAAAGUGUGACUCCGUCCGAUAUUAAUUUCGGUUUUACCUUCCACCAGCCCGAGGACCAGGUGGAAUACCACACCGAAUCCCAGCACAAUUACCACUACGAAUCCAACUACAGGCCGAGCUAUUUGCAACACAGAAACCAAUUUAAGCCGACGACGUUCAGAAACGAUUACACUCCUACCACAGCCAGGAACAAAUUCUUUCCCAACAAAGCCACAACUGCCAGAAACCAUUACAUUCCGUCUUUGAAAUCCCCUCAGACACAACACCAAUCCAUUCCCCAACAUCACUUUCAUCAGGUAAGAACGGAGAAACCUCAGAGGCUCCAGCUACCUCUGCCACUUUUACCGACGCUCUCACCACUUACGUUUAGUUCCCCAGCUCCGUUUAGUCUCCCAAGACACAUAGAAACCAAAAGAUACACCAAGGAACACCAUCCACCACCAAGGAUCAUUAUCAGCGCAAGCGCAAGUGUCAGUGACGCUAGUGGCAGAAGACUGAACUAUUCGCUGGGGCAAAUCGGAACUGCACACAUUUUAGAACAACCCCCAUCUUCAUAUGACGAAUAUAAAGAUGGCGAUGAAGGACUAGACCCGUUUUACCAUGACGUACCCAAACUCAAGCACAGAUCAAAGAGAAGUACUAAAGUUUUAAAACACUCAGACAUCAUAAGAACCGAACAGGAAGCAGUAGAUGUAUUAAAAUUUUUGUUCGACUGGUACAAGGCCCACGAACAAACUAGCACCAUAACCAUACCCGUAUCUCCUAGCAUAAUCACCGAAAUUAAUGAGGAACUUGCUCCAACCACAGAAACUCCUUUAGCUGAAGAAGACAAAAAACCCGUCCCUGAGGUUGAUCAAAAGAUAGAGCCCACCACGGAGGUAACUAAAAGUAGAACUAGAGGUCGAGGUAGAGGCAAAACUAAUUUCUUAGGUAGUCAAUUAUUCCAGAGUAAAAGUAAAUUUAAUAUUGUGAGUAGCGUAAUUGAUGAUACUGAACCAAAGGUUACUGAAAAUCAAGACAAAUCAAUCCCAUCUGAAACAAACGUAGAAGUUGAAAAGGUCCCCAUUGAAACAGUUGUGGUAGAUGAGAUUUAUCAUGAUAGUACGAAACCACUUGCAGAAAAUAAAACAAAUUUUCACCUUGAGAGCAUAAUAAAGGAAGAAGUGAUAUCAACUCCGUCUACAACGGUUUCAUCCACGUUGCCUAGUCUUCGUUCUCUUAUAAAAAUGAAUCAUGAGGUUGAAGAGGUACCGCCAAUUAAGAUAACAGAGGAUACUAAUGAAAAUACUAAGAAAACUUCGAGAAAUGAUGUAUCUCGUUCAAAUGGUAAGGAUAAAAAUCAUUCAAAUCAAAGGCGGAGAAAUUCAAGAAGACGAUCUAAGAAAGUUUCCAAACCUGAUCAAGAACCGGCUACUAAAAUUUCUGUAAUUGUUCAAAUUCAGGAGGGAGAUGCUCCUAAAACUUCCAACGUUGAUGUAAAUGUUACUGAUGUCGAUCCUCAAGAUCUUAAAAAUGUCGAGGAAGAAUCAAAUAAACAGAAAUCAACAAGCAAUAUUAAUUUGGAAGAUUUACAUCAAAUCUCUGAUGUCAAGGGGCAGACAAGUGUCAACAAUUCUAAUACUUCAAUAUAUGAUCACUUAGAGGAAAUAUCUUCUGUUUCUAGUGUUGACAAUGAUGACUCACAAGUAUCGACUGUAGUAAAUCUAACUCCAGCUACCAAGAGCGAUAAUAUUGAAAAAAUAAAAAAGGAGAAACAAAACACCACAGAGGAAGAAGUUAUAAUUACGGAGCAACCCAUUCCAGUUUAUUCAGAGAACACCAGUAAAAAAGUCGAAGAAGAGAUUGUGCAUCAUCGUAAUUCACAUAGACGUAGGAAUUCCAAAAGACGAAAGUCAAAGAAAGCUAAUUCCGACUUUGAGCAUCCUUUAGAAGUUGUUAAAGAAUCUAAAAUGCAAGAGAAAGUUAAAAUUACAACAGAAACUGCCGUUCCUGAAAAGUUUGAUACUACUACUUUAAUUGUAAUUAAAUUGAAUCCCACAUCUGAAUAUUAUAGUACUGAAGAACCAUCCUUGGAAACAAGUUCAUCUGACAUAUCACACAAAAAUAGACAAUCAGGACAUGAACAGAUUACUGAAGAACAUUCUACAAUCAAAAAUAAUGAAAAUAUAGAGACAACCGAAAUUUUAAAUGAUAGAAUUCAAAAAGAAGAUAUAAAUCAAAAUAUGUCUACAGAGGUAGGAGAAACUUACACUACGGUUAAUCCUGAAGAAGAAAUUAAAUUGGACUCAUAUUCAAGUACUGAAAAAACCUCAACUCCCAGUACUACUACAACUGAAAAGAGACAUUUUGAAGAAAUAAAUAACCAAUCGACACAUAGAAGACGGAAUUCAAGACGUCGAAAGACUCACAGCCAAAGUCGAUCAGAACCUUCAACAUCAACUACUGAGAACAUCAUUGACACAGUUGUAAAUACAGAAUCAAUAAAUGAAUUUGAAAUUCCAAAAGCAGAAAACAUUACUGACAAUAUAAAAGAAAACAUCAACACAAGUCAUAUUGAGAAUCAUAAUAUUGAUGAAGAAAUAAAAGAGAAAUUUGCUGAAAUUGAGGAGUCAACUUUUGCUUCCAUAAUAACGAAUCAGCCAGAGCCUCAGAGAUCUAGAACUUCUCGAAAGAAGUCCCAAAAUCUUACUCCACAACAAUCCUCAACUACAACUGAAAGUAUUGGUGAUACAAUACUAGACAAAGAAAAAUUAAUUGAAUUUGAUAUUUCUGAUAAUUUAACAGUUGCUGAAAAUACGACGUCAAAUACGAAUUCAAGUAGUCCGGAGGCGUUAGAAAUAAAUGAACAUCAAUCAAAUGAAACGUUAGGAAAGACUGAAUAUACAACUGAAACAAUAACCACCACACCAAUUCAACCAAUUUCUCACAGACCUCGAAAUUCUCGUCGUAGAACAUCAAACAGAAAUGAAGAAUCAAAGUUGCAACAAACAAACGAACAACAAAACAAAAGACGACGUAGGAGAAAAAAGAAACAAAAAGACGUAACAACAAAAGCAACAACGGUCAGUGAUCUAUUCUCAUCAGCAGAAUCAAGCAGCCCUAUUGUUUCUUCAGAAGACUUAAUGGAAAAUCCUACCAAAAUUUCUGAAGUCUCUAUAAAAACUACUUCUAAAACUGACUUAGAAAAAAUAUUGAAUGAAAAUGAUGAUAUUACUUUAGAACAUUUUAAUGAAGAAACUUCAGAACAUGAUUUGUAUUUGCAUGAAGAUGAUUACGUUAAUGAUAACUAUGAACCUUCGACGUACGUGGAACCACAUAAAACCAUCGAAUCAAAUGAAGUGAACACCACCUAUAAAGAAAAAGACGACGAUAAGGAAAAAUAUUUGUAUGAUACAUUUUCUACUGCGGCAGAUGAUUAUUAUGAAGAUUUUCAUGAAAAAUAUUAUGACCCCAGUCUUGAAAAUUCACCUGAAGAAAGUGUAGAACUAGAUACCCGUAAGGAAACAGUGUACGAUACAGAAACACAUAUCCAAAAACAGGACGUUGAGAAAGGUGGAACUGCUAAAAAAGUAAUUUUUCACUUAAACGGAUCCGAGGAAGCAAUAGAUUUAAAAAUUGACUACCAUAACAUGACGAAAUUGCCUGAAAGUACCACUGAAACUAACCCAACUACUGAGUCAAUUUCUGAACCACUAAUGACAGUUACUACCAGUACCACAUCAACUACGACUACAACUCCUUCUGCAAUAGAGACCACCAGUAAAGUAGAUAGGAAAAGACAACGAGGAAAAUCUACUUUUCAACAACAGUUAUUACAUGAAUUAGAAAGAAUUUUGGAAGUCACUGAAAGCUCAAUGGUAGAUACUACUCCAACAACUCCACUAGCCGAAUUUGAAGUUUCAGAAAUGAAUGUAACUCCUUCUUUAUCUACUACUGAGACGCCUUUUACGGAGAAAACUCAGUUUGAGGAGCCCUCUACUUCUCCUAUUAGUACCACCGAAAUUCCUGUUACAAAAAAUUUGUUGUCUGAGGAAUAUUCUGCUUUUACCGCCACUACAGAAACGCUUACUGAGGAAGUAGAUAAAGAUAUAUCUUCUACAAGUGUUUCUACCACAACCACAACAGAAAAUUCUGAUACGACUUACUUACCAGCAACUGAAACUACUCAGUUGGAAGAGAUUAUACCUACAACUGAAUCUAAUAUAGCAACUACUGAAGAAAACAUUGAUGCAGUUCAAACUACCGAUGAAGAUUUGAAGGUUGAACAUGAAUCAACAACAGUUAUGUCAUUAGAAAAUUAUGUAAAGAGUAUUGAAGAAACGACGGGAAGUAUUGUCACUACUAUGACCACUACUAAACUUUUAGAUAUGCUUACAGAUUCAAAUGAAAGCUCCACCAUUGUGACAACUACUCAAGGGUAUACCACUGAUGAAGAUAAAGUCGGCACUGUACAAGAAACUAACAUUACUACACCAUUACCAAUAACCCAAACCAGCAGCACCACAGAAAAUGUGGCAACUAACUCAAGACGUGGCAGAGGUAGGGGUCACAGCAGAGACAGGUCUUCAUACAGAAAUAGUCAAAGACGUACCAACACUAGGCAUAGAUUCAGUACGGACUUUACACAAAGACCUACAUUAACGAAAAGCACCGUAGAACAAGAUAUCAUUGAUGCUAUCAAAUUAAAAACCAACGCGUAUGAGGUCACACUGGAGAGCACUUCUCCAUCUAAUGUUCCUAAUAAAAUUGACGACGAGUCGAAUACAACGGACGCACCGUUGUACAAAAGCGCAAAUCCCACUCAGCCCGAGCAAAGAAAAAUGCCCCAUUCCACCACUCUAUCGAUUAUACAGAAGAGGAUUCGGCUGGACAGGAAUUUUAUAUUCAACUGCUUCAACAGGGAGGUAAACAAGUUUUAUCCAGACCCAAGAGAUUGUAGACUGUUCCAUUAUUGUACUCCAGGAUAUAACAAGAACCAGUUAUUAGACAUGAAAUUCGUAUGCGAUUUUGACACGUUCUUCGACGAUGAAAAGCUCAUUUGUACGAAGAAAAAACCCAAACGAUGUUUGUAAAUAAAUUAGGAAAUUAAAAUUGCCAUUUCUUAAAUUUUAGGUUAAGUGUUUUGUGAUUGUACUCGAAAUUUCAGUUAUGUAAAUUAAUAUUAAACAAUUUGUAAAUAUAAUGUAAGCUUAACUACUUGUUAUUGUUAAAUAAUGUUUGUACUUUUUAGCUAAAUUUAUUACUUCUUGAUAAAGUCACUACUGUAUUGUAAUUAUUGAUAAAAAUACUCAUAGAAUAAUAUAUUUAAUUUAAAUGUUAGAUGUGUAUUUUAUGCGUCAAUGAAUGAAAUAAAUAAUAAUU